AUGGCCACGAUACCCACCCGGUCCCCCACGGACCGGACGAAACCCGCCAGCAUCCUCCCCGCCGACCUCAUGGAGAUGCAACUCUCGACCAUCGACCUCCUGGCAGCCAUGUACGCGGCACCCGAGGAGCUCGAAAUCCCCGCUACCACAGCCGAAUGCCUGGAGAAGCUGCGCACCUGGUGCCAGGAGGAUCCCAGCAGGGAACCUCCAUCGGGGAUCCCAUCCAGCGUCUCGCUGUGCGUGUCAUUGCCCCUGGCCGACACCGACAAGAGACUCCCCGUACACCUCUCAAUCCCGCUGCAUCAGCCUAGCAGCAGUACCGCUGAAGCAUCAGCACCGGACCAAACGCUCCCACCACCAAGCUACUCCCUGCGCCCAGACUGGAUGUCCAAAGCGGAGGUGGCCAAACUGGCGGCGACCAUGCCCGCAAACGCGGACGCGGACGUGUUCGAGACCCUAAUCCAUCUCCAAGACGCAGCGCUUCACUUCCUAGAAGCCCAGCAGUUGCAACAAGAAGAGCAGCAAAGUAACGCAGAAAUCACCGACCCCCUCGUCCGAGUCUGGUUCUACUUCCCCUCGCUCUCCACGCGGGAGAAGCGCGACGAUAUGGUGAACCACGCGCCGGACUUCGGGCUGACGGGAUUCGUGCUGGCGGGGAAGCCCGGCGUGCUGUGUCUCGAGGGCGGCUCGGCGCAGAUUGACGCGUACAUGAAGUUCAUCAAGACGCAUUCGUGGGGCGACAUUCCCAGCCAUCAGAAGAAGGUCAGCGAGCGAUUCCGCGAGACGGGGUCCCAGGUGCGGAGGGUGUUUGCGGGGAUGGAGGAGAUUACGGAUUCGUUGGGCGAGCGGGGUGGGCAGCGUGCGAAUCGCGGGGAUAUGCAGGCGCUGGAGCAGUGGCUUCGGGAGAGGGGGUUGGGAGAGGCGUUUGAGAGGGUUAUUUUCUGA